CCCCAGCCCCCUGGCUCCUUGCCUGUGCUGGGCUCCCCGCCCCCGGCUAUAAAGUCAGCUUCGCCAGCUUCUUGCCUCCAGAGCGAGGACUGACUGCCAGGACCCGAUCAUGAACGCAGACGCUGCCCCAGCGCCCAUCUUCCAGGCAGGAGAGGACUGCCGGCCCGCUUGGCAAAAGGCGGACGCCGGCUACGAUGAGCCCGACACGCACCUGCAGAUCCUGGGCAAGCCGGUGAUGGAGCGCUGGGAGACCCCCUACAUGCACUCGCUGGCCGCCGUGGCCUCCUCCCGAGGUAUCCGCCGGGCCCUCCUCUCCCAGGCCGCCCUCGGAGCGGAUCCAAGCGGGGGAAGGGUCCUGGAGGUCGGCUUUGGGAUGGCCAUCGCGGCCAGCAAGGUCCAGGAAGCCAACAUCGAGGAGCAUUGGAUUGUUGAAUGCAAUGAUGGCGUCUUCAAGCGGCUACAGGAGUGGGCCCAGCAUCAGCCUCACAAGGUCGUCCCCUUGAAAGGCUUGUGGGAAGAGGUGGUGCCCAACCUGCCUGAUGGACAUUUCGAUGGAAUUCUGUAUGACACCUAUCCCCUCUCUGAGGAAACCUGGCAUACCCACCAGUUCAACUUCAUCAAGGCUCACGCUUUCCGAUUGCUGAAGCCUGGGGGUGUCCUCACUUACUGCAAUCUGACGUCCUGGGGAGAACUAUUGAAGACCAAGUACACGGAUAUCAAAAAGAUGUUUGAGGAGACCCAGAUCGCAGCCCUGGUGGAGGCAGGUUUCAAGAAGGAGAAUAUCAGCACCACUGUGAUGGACCUGGUGCCCCCCAAGGAAUGCCGCUACUACUCCUUCCCCAAGAUGAUCACCCCUACAGUCGUCAAACACUGAGGGCACCCAGCUUCCUCUUCCUCCAGGCUGACCCUGGAAUGGGGGCACCAAGGGCUCUCUGGCCUGCCAGGGCUAGAGCCUAGGAAUGCUCAGUAGAUCUCGGCCAACUUCUUAACAGGACUUGACAGGGGAACUUGUCACAAGAAGAGAAGCAGAGAGCAAGCAGGGGACUGAGGGACUCUCUAGGCCUGUCUCCUCACGCAAGGCCUCAAGGGUGGCAAAGAGGCUUCUGUUUCAAUACAACAAACACCUUAAGUUCUGGGCAGAGCCCAGUGCUAGAAGUCAAGG